CGAUCGGUAUGAAUUGAUUUUUAUUAUUUUUCGUUAUUGUGUGUACUGUCACUGUGUGUAGUGUGUGAAUAGUAAAGACUUAACCGUGAUCAUGACGGAACCACUAGCUGAAGACGAACAAGAAAAUCUUACGGCAGUGACUGCAGUAGUUGAUGACUCGAAUUUGGCCGAUGUUCCGAAUUUGAAAGGUGAUUGGCAUAACAUUAUUGUAUUAAUAUUGCUGUACACAAUGCAAGGGAUUGGUGUCAGUUUAACUAUAGCAGUGCCGAUUAUUUUGCAAGGCAACAAAAACGUAACUUACAAAUACCAGGCUUUAAUUAGUAUGACGACAUGGCCUUAUAGCUUAAAAAUAAUGUGGGCACCUUUAGUGGAUGCCCUCUAUAUACAAAAGGUAGGAAGACGAAAAUCUUGGCUAUUACCAGUUCAAAUUUUAAUCGGUGGGUGCUUCAUUUAUAUGGGAAUAAAUAUUGAAGAAUGGAUACCUGCAGAUAGGGGAAAGCCAAAUAUAUUAAAACUGUUUUAUUCGAUUUUAUUCGUUCAAACUUUGGUAGCUACGCAAUUCAUAGUCAUCGACAGUUGGGUACUAACAAUGCUAAAGAAGAAUAACGUGGGUUAUGGAUCAACUUGCAAUUUAAUAGGUAUACCGUUUGGUGCAUUGAUUGGCUCUAUUUUUCUGGUUGGGUUCACGUCAGAGAAUUUAUGUAAUAAGUACCUACGAUUUACACCGGAUACAGGAGGAAUAACCACUUUGCCAGGUUUUUUUUAUUUUUGUGGUUUUCUGUUUAUUUUAAUAUCAAUAUUAAUUGGCAUUUUCAAAAAAGAAAAAUAUAACAGGUUAGAAGACAUCUACAUGAAACUUAACAUUAUUCAGUAUUAUACAGUUGUGUGGGAAAUUUUAAAGCUACCGAGUAUCCGUGUAUUGGCGAGUGCAUUGAUAACAGUUGAGAUUGGAUUGGCUUCGUCUGUCAUUAAUGUCUGGAUUUUACAACUCAUUGACGCAGGAGUACCAAAAGAUAAUGUUGUAGUUAUACAUUCAUCAAUGAUUAUAGUAAAAGUCAUUGCACCAAUUAUUAUAUCAAAAUACACCGCGGGACCUAAAACAAUGAGUGUAUAUUUAAAAAUGUCACCCAUCAGAUCAAUGUGGAACAUAACGUUUGUUAUAUUUAUAUAUUAUACAACAAAAUUCAUAACAACUAAUGGAAAAAUAGGUUUUCCAAUAUAUUUCUAUGUAAUUUUAGUAUUUCUUUUCAUAACGAAUGACAUUCUAGGCAUGACUAUGAGAUCAGCUAAAUUUACUUUAUUUAAUCGUGUAAGUGAUCCUCGUUUUGGUGGUACUUACAUGGCGUUAUUAAAUACUUUUUCAAAUAUCGGAAUAUCGUCAUCGACUUCGCUUGCAAUUUCAAUGAUAGAUUUUUUAACUUUCAAAGAAUGUUCAUUAAAUUAUGAUAAAAAUUGUUCUACAUCAAGUCCGAAUAACACGUGUAAAACAAAUGGAAGUAGUUGCAUUGUAACAGUUAACGGCUAUUACGUAGAAUCGGCUCUGUGUAUAUUUUUUGCAAUAGGAUGGUACUAUAUUUUUAGAGGUAUUCUUAAAAAACUCCAAGUUAAGAGCUCUUCUCAUUGGAUGGUCAAUGUAAAAAAUAAUAAAGUGAAGAAAAAUGAAACAACUGAAUACACAAUGGUCGAAAAGUCAUAGUGAAAACUCGAUCUGAUUCAUUUGAACUUAUGUAUUACAUAUUGUAAUAUUUAAAUAUUAAAAUAUAUAUACACAAAAGGUUUUAUUAUA